UGGCGAACGGCCGAGGUUUGAAUGACAGCGUGACAGUCCAAGUUAGUCAGUCGGUAGACGGCAACGUGUGCGGCUCGAUCAAACUGUUCCAAAUCUCCCCUGAUUGAUCUAUAUUUAUUUAUAUAUAUCUCACACUACACAAAAUAAAUCGCGAUGUCUCCCACCGGCGAGCCUCUGACCAGCGGCGGCAGCGGGAGAGGAGACCCCGCAGGCCUUAACCAUCUCCGCUGGAACCUGAGCAAGCAGCAAAUGGAGCAGGAGGUUGAGGCCCUGAUCCGCCGAACCAAGCAGGUGUACGACCGAGUCGGUUCACUGGAUCUGGCCGAGGUGAACUACGAGAACACGCUGAAGGAUCUGGCGGACAUCGAGGUGGAAUACACGGUGCAACGGAAUAUUCUAGAUUUCCCCCAGCAUGUUUCUCCUUGCAAAGACAUUCGGACUGCAAGCACCGAGGCAGAUAAACAACUGUCGGAGUUUGAUGUGGAAAUGAGCAUGAGAGAAGACGUCUACAAAAGGAUUGUCGCUCUCCAGGAUAAUUGUCAGGCGGAAGACCUACGGCCAGAGGCUAGGCGCUACAUGGAAAGGCUAUUGAAACUGGGAAAGAGGAAUGGACUCCACCUGUGUAAAGAUAAGCAAGAUGAGAUCAAAGCCAUCAAGAAGAGAAUCAGUACUUUAUGUAUAGACUUCAGCAAGAACCUGAAUGAGAAUACUACCUUUCUGGAGUUUUCACGGGAUGAAUUGGGUGGCCUCCCUGAUGACUUUAUCAGUAGCCUGGAGAAAGCUGACAAUGGGAAGCUGAAGGUAACUCUAAAGUAUCCCCACUACUUUCCCUUAAUGAAGAAAUGUUAUGUCCCAGAAACCAGGAAAAGGAUGGAGCACGCCUUUAAUUCCCGCUGCAUGGAGGACAACACAAAAAUCCUUAAAGAACUGGUGGAACUUCGUACGAAGAAAUCUUGUCUUCUGGAUUUUAAGACCCACUCGGAUUUCAUACUCGAAAUGAACAUGGCUAAGAAUAGCAAAAAUGUCAAUAUCUUUUUGGAUGAACUAGCACGGAAGCUGAAACUACUUGGUGACGAGGAGAGGGCGGUCAUCUUAGACCUGAAGAAAGAAGAGUGUGAGAAGCGAGGGCUGGAUUUUGAUAAUAUUAUAAAUGCCUGGGAUCUGCGCUACUACAUGAACCAGGUGGAGGAAUUGAAGUAUUCUGUGGAUCAGAAUCUGCUAAAGGAAUAUUUUCCGAUGGAAGUUGUAACUUCUGGCUUACUGGGAAUCUACCAGGAGCUGCUGGGAUUGACCUUUCAGCUCAUUGAGGACGUGCCUGUGUGGCAUGAGGAUGUAAAACUGUACUCAGUGAAAGACACGGCAACUGGAGAAUUGAUGGGACAAUUCUAUUUAGAUUUAUAUCCAAGGGAGGGAAAGUAUGGACAUGCUGCCUGCUUUGGGCUUCAGCCAGGAUGUUUGCUACCUGAUGGUACAAGGCAGAUUACAGUGGCUGCUAUGGUGGCAAACUUCACCAAGCCGACUCCCAGUGCUCCAUCAUUACUUCAACACGAUGAGGUUGAGACCUACUUCCAUGAGUUUGGUCAUGUGAUGCAUCAAAUAUGCUCCCAAGCUGAGUUUGCCAUGUUCAGUGGAACACAUGUUGAGAGAGAUUUUGUGGAGGCUCCAUCUCAGAUGUUGGAGAACUGGGUUUGGGAAAAGGAACCCCUACUCCGGAUGUCCAAGCACUACAAGGAUGGGAGCAUGAUUCCACAAGAUCUGCUGGAAAAGCUCCUUAAGUCCAGGCUAGCUAACACCGGUCUCUUUAAUUUGCGACAGAUAGUUUUGGCGAAGGUUGACCAAUCACUACACAUGUGUACGAACAAGGAUGUGGAUGCUAAGGAAGAGUACGCUAGGCUAUGUAAAGAGAUAAUGGGAGUUCCAGCAACACCAGGAACUAAUAUGCCAGCCACAUUUGGACACCUGGCUGGGGGUUAUGAUGCCCAGUAUUAUGGUUAUCUCUGGAGUGAGGUCUAUUCAAUGGACAUGUUCUAUACCCGAUUUCGACAAGAGGGUGUCAUGAGCUCAAAGGUUGGCGUAGAUUACCGAAACUUCAUUCUUAAACCAGGUGGCUCUCUGGAUGCCGAGGAAAUGCUGAAAAGUUUCUUGGGGCGUGAGCCAAAGCAGGAGGCCUUCCUCCUGAGUAAAGGGCUGAGAAUCGAUCAAGACAAACACUCCGCCCCUUCUGCCUGUUGAGAUUGUUCAUUUCACUGUAUAUCGUGUGAGCGCUGAUCUCCUUCCACUGUGCCACAGGAAUCUCUCCUUAUAUCACCAAUGGACUGGUCUCCAAAUGGAUUUUUUUCCAAAAGUGAAUUUAUUGCACAACUUCAGCAGGGCAAUAGGUUAACCGGAGCUCCCUGAAUUGUAGCAGAAACCUUGUUUUAAACCCAAAAGAAGUAUGAUAAUUUAGGUGAAAUCUUUUCAAUUGUAAUCUCUGCAUAAUCAAUGAGGAAAAAGGUCUAAGAAAUAAGCUCUUUUCACACAAAUAGACCCUUCACUAUAACAGUUACGUGGUGGAAUUUCUUUCAUCGACAUGUCUGCUGGAUUGCCUGUGUGCGAGGGCAUUGAGUGUGGACAAGAUUAGGCUUGUGAUGCCCUCCAGAUUAGUAUAGCCUGCCACUGCUUGCUAUCUACAUUAACACGUAGACAUAGCUUCUUGGGCAGAGGCAGCAGCAUUCAUGCCCAUAGGAGAAAUCGCCAAGUUUAGAAAGGAUGACAGAAAGAAUUUCCACAUGUUGUUAGUAAUAAAUAUUUACCUUUACAAAGCAUCAAAAAAACAUAAUGUUAAUGUGAACAAAUCAAUAGCUUAAUAUUAGAAUGUAAAUAUUUAAUUACAGGCAGUAAGUACAUUUUAGUGUAAAUGUACUUGUUUUCUACACAUUUUUUCCCCCUUUGAGACUUGCUUCACGAUAAAAAGAAUAUGCAGUGAGUGUUAAUGGAAUGUAGUUUCAUUAUAUGACCUGGUGAUUUCAAACCAUUGGCAAAAUUUCCUGAUGGUCUACCCCAUGUGCUAUCGGGCCGCAUAAACUAGGAAUGUUCCCACUCUGUGUCCAGUUAUCUGACCAGAACUGGAGACACUGCAUUUGGCUUUUGAAUCUGGUUUAGGAGGGGAGAAGUGGAGGUGUGGUGGGAAAAUCCACCAUUACCCCUGCACCUGAUGGCUAUCCACUAACCUUAUUUGAAAAUCUGAUGCAUGAGUAAUGGGAGGAAAGCCUCUGCCACCUGUGGAAUUGUAUCUGAGCAUGAGAAUAAAGGCACAAAAUAGGGAGGAAAAACAA